GGUCGGUUUGGCCACGCGGCUGCUGUGAUUGGUUAUUGUUGCCUUAAGGAACUAAAACUCUGCCCGUCAUCAAUGUUGUAGUUUUUGGUGUAAUCAUGGCGUCCCACUGCAGCCUCGUUACACUGUUUCCCAUUCAAAGUCAGCUCGAUUACGCUUUAGAUGAUGCCACAACACAACAAGAAAAGGAAGAUCUCGUCUACCAGUAUUUGAAAAAGAUAGACGAGAGGGAAGACCUGAAGAUACCGGAUUUUCAGCCAGGCUUAGAGUGGCUGAACACUACAGAGCCUCUGUCUUUGAGCAAGGAGCUGGCCGGCAAAGUGGUGCUGCUGGACUUCUUCACUUACUGCUGCAUCAACUGCAUGCACAUCCUCCCUGACCUGCACCAGCUGGAGAAGAGACACUCUGUUGAAGAUGGGUUGGUGAUUGUCGGUGUGCACUCUGCCAAAUUCCCCAAUGAAAAAGUCCUGGAUAACAUCCAGAGCGCCGUGCUCCGCUACGACAUCUGCCACCCAGUGGUCAAUGACAGCGAGGCGACUCUCUGGCACGAACUGGAGGUCUCCUGCUGGCCCACGCUGCUCCUGCUGGGGCCACGCGGCAACUUGCUCUUCUCCUUGGUGGGCGAAGGCCACAGCGAGCGGCUGACUCUUUUCGCCGACGGCGCACUCCGAUAUUAUAGGGAACAGCUGAAGACGCACUCAGUGGGGAUAAAACUGUACAGGGACUCGUUGCCUCCCAGCAUCCUUUCUUUUCCCGGGAAGGUGGCGGUGGACCAGGGCAACAAGAAGCUGGUGAUAGCAGACACGGGCCACCACAGAAUCCUGGUGGUUUCUUCCGCCACUGGAGAGCUUCUACAUGUUGUAGGAGGACCUGGAAGAGGCAGACAAGAUGGCAUCCUGUCCGAAGCUUCCUUCAACUCCCCACAGGGCGUCGCCAUCAAAGGAGACGCUGUGUAUGUGGCCGACACUGAAAAUCACCUGAUUCGACAGGUUGACCUAGUUCAGGGACGAGUCAGCACUCUCGCUGGCGUAGGGACACAGGGGACAGACAAAGAGGGCGGGGCUAUGGGACCCCAGCAGCCAAUCAGCUCUCCAUGGGACGUGACACUUGGGACUGCUGGCGGUGCUGAAGACAACGUACUGUGGAUAGCCAUGGCAGGGACCCAUCAGAUCUGGGCUUUGUUCCUGGAGGAUGGAAAGCUGCCCAAAGGAGGUGACUACAAGGCGGGAACGUGUGUGCGAUGGGCAGGCAGCGGCAGCGAGGAGAACCGUAACAACGCCUACCCUCACAAGGCGAGCUUCGCCCAGCCGUCAGGCUUGGCUCUGGCUGCAGAGGAGCCCUGGAGCUGCCUGUAUGUGGCCGACAGCGAAAGCAGCUCCAUCCGCACUCUGGCCCUGAAGGAUGGAGCCGUCAAGCAUCUGGUUGGAGGAGAGAGGGACCCGCUGAACCUUUUUGCUUUUGGGGACGUCGAUGGGAAGGGGGUGGAUGCCAAGUUGCAGCAUCCCCUCGGUGUGGCCUGGUCUGCCGAACAAAGCCGGCUCUAUGUGGCCGACUCCUACAACCACAAGAUCAAGGUGGUGGAUCCAAAGACGAAGCAGUGCACCACGUUAGCAGGGACAGGAGAAGCUGGAGAUACUCUGGGCCCCCAGUUCUCCAAAACCUGCUUCAACGAACCAGGAGGAAUCUGCAUCAGCGGGAACCUUCUUUACGUGGCCGACACCAACAACCAUAAAAUCAAAGUUCUCAACCUGGACUCCAACAGCGUCUCUCUGCUCCACAUCUCCACUGAGUGCACAGACUCAGCAUCUGUGAAGCCUUUGGGAGUCACCAAAGUCCCCACGCUGCCUAAAUCAGCUGCCAGGAAGGAUUUGCCUCCAGUUACGGCGUCGGCGGGCCAGACUGUCAUCCUGUCACUCACCAUGUCGCUUCCAGAAGGAGUGAAACUCACCAACGAGGCGCCCAGCUGCUGGGCACUCUCAGCUGAGGGUAACGAGUGGCUGCUGGAAAACCAGGUGGCGUCCGGCGGCAUCGUGGAUUUGACGCAGCCGCUCCGAGUGUCAGCCAAGCUUCCCGCCGCUGUGAAGGAGUCGGACGGAAACCCCAGCCUCAGGUUGAGCGUGUGGCUGUUUUACUGUUUGGAGGAAGGUAAAGCCUGCACUAUGAAAGCCGCCUCAUUCAGCCAGCCUCUCCAAAUAAACGCCAGUCCUGGAGACGGAGAGGUCACUGUGGCGUUCGCCCAUUCCUUCUAAAACCAGCCGCACAGCUCUCAGAUCAAACCCAUGUUAAGGUUUUGUUUACAGUUUUGAAAGAAGAAUGGUGAUUUUUAUUUUUCAGGCAAACAAACUGCUCAGAGUCUCCUAGGAGUAAACGUAAACCAAUUGCUCUGCAUUGAUAAUAUAGCCUGAGUUAACUGUAGCACAAUAUUUCAUGUUAGUAAUUGGAAAAUCUGUCAGAUUUGGAUGAAAUGUAUGCAUUUUCUAUCAUGUAUUUAGUAGGUGGGGGUAAAAUAAUAUUUUGCAUUUAAUCCAGAUGAUUUAUUUUGCCAAAAUUCAGAACCUUGUAAAGCAGCAUUUUUUUUUUUUUUUUACUCAAAUCCACUUCUAGAUGCUUCUGUUUCCAUAACAGAUCGAUUUACGUGUAAAUCUUGUGAAGAGAAUAUUUUGCAUAACUACAAAAAUGUAAUUACAGAGCAAUUUCUGAACCCAUUUCUCUCAAAACCCGAUCUGAUUUUUAUUUUUUGUCAGCUCUGUGACUAACUUUUCAGAAAAAAGGAAUAACAACAAAAGAGGGAUAUUUAAUCGAGCUGAGAUAUGAUUUGGUUUUAUUCUGCCUUUGACUGUGAGAGAACACCUUGUGAAUACUAAUAUGGAGAUAUGACCAUUUUUCUAAUGUGAAAAAAAAAAAAAAGAAAUUCAGGGCCUUUCAUCAGGGUGUUGGAACCAGAAAUAUCCACUGCACCUUUUAAUCUGAUCAAAAUGAAAGACCUGAACUUUAUGAACCCAUGAUGUAUUAAAAUUAUCUAUGCAGACUCACAUUUUAUUAUGUUAAGGGAGUCCAGUGUUAGAUUUUUAUUGUUUAAUGUAAUUAUAUUUGCAGUGCCAUGCAAAAGUAUUCACACCCUCUGAACAUUUUUCAUUUUUUGUCAUGUUGAGAUCACAAACUUCCCAUGUAGAAGGAAAAUGAUUUUUAAAAAAUAAAUAAAAACAGUUCUGGUAUGUGUUCAUGUUCAAUCUGAAGUCAGUAUUUCCUUUGUAAAAUAGUUCAGGCUCAGUCAGAUUGGAUGAAAUUGCAAUAUUUAAUAUCGGCCUCAGAUUCUCAAUUUUCUUCAAAUCUGGAUUCAAAAACUUUCCUUUUUCUCUUUUUGACCAAAUCACCUCUGUAUUUCCAAGAUUUAUUUGGCUGGGAGAAGGGAAGAAACAAAUUAUCUAUAAUUGUUGUUCUGCUUUAUUUUUAUGCAUCACAAGGAGAUUCUCUAAUUCAUAAAAUUCCCACAAAACAGAAUAAAGUUCUGUUUGUAAUUUCCUCCUGGGAGAUAAUCCUAUGAACUCUUUUUGCAGCCUCUAACAAAAUGUCUUCCAGUAUUGUUCUGUGUUUAGCGCCGUCCUUCUCUAUCAUUACUUGGAAACUAAAGAAUCCCCCUUACCAUAAUGCUGCCACUACUGUGUUUCACAUUAAUAGAAUACGUUACGGUUUGUUUUUAUGUGGCAAAACGUGAGAAAGUUCAUGUGGUGUGAAAUGCUUUAACAAUGCCCUGCGAGUGUUUGCUGCAGCUCUUCCUGCUGCGGUGCCUUCUAGCUGCAUGCUAACCUUGCGUCUGUAAAUAUUUAUCUUUUUAACGCCAUGCAUCGCCACAGAACAGCUCUCGGAGUCUGAAUGGUCACACUUGUCCGACGUCGGGAUUUGUGUGACUGAUAAAAACUUCUGCUUGUGAUUACCCGUGUCACGGGGGGCUCCUUUGAUUCGGACCGUUAAAAUCCAGCUGCUAUCUGAGUGAUGAAUAGAGUUCCUGUUUUCAAAAAGCUGAGGCAGCCCCUUGUGAACCGAUGACACCUCGAGUCUGCCGCCUGCUCCGCCACGCUGUGCGUUAUUAUACCAAGAAGACAAAGUCUAAUUCAAGUCAUCUGCUUCACAAAGGGAGCACGAUAUGAAAGAUAGACUCUAAUAAGGAGCCGCUGGAUCGCUCUCUGUUAUGCAAUAAGAUAUGAUAAUGUGGAUGCUGUUAUUUUGACCAUAUUGAUUCUCAAAGUUACGGUUUGCUGUCGGAAGCGGACCUCAGGGUGUUUUUUUAAUUUAUUUAUUUUGAUCCUCAUCGCCUCGCGUAGCGUUAUUGUCAGAAUCUGGUUCUGUUGUUCGGAUCGUUCGGCCCAAGUGCCUUCCAAAGGUCUAUCUGAUGACGCUUAAAUGUAUCUGAAGCAAUAACAAUAUACUGUAAUAGGAGAAAGUGCUUUAUUCCCACAUGUUAUUUAUUUGAAAUGAGCUGCUCGAGUUUUCUGAUCCGUUUUCCGGCUCUGUCCCUCCAGGAUAUUUUUUUAAUGAAUAGUAAUAGCUUCGAAUGGCUGUUGGUGAGAUUGUUUUCCAACUUUUUAGUCUCCUUUAAUGCAUUAAAUUGUCCACAUAUUAAAGCGAAAAAUACCUAAUAAAUAUGUUUAUAAACUCUG